UCUCCGCUGCGCUCCAGCUCUGCUUUGUUGAUAGCAAUAGAGACAAAGCAAAAAAGAAACGAGUGUAUGCAGAGAGAGGAAAUGUCUCAUUGUAUCACACAGCGCCAAGCACACACAGUACCUUUGGGUUUAUAGCUGCGGAAACACGCACAGCAUUCACACCGCCAGAGAAAGAGAGAGAGAGAGAGAGAGAACCAGGACCGGAAGGAAACGAGGACCGACACACAAAGACGUAGAGACGGAGGUGAAAACGGCAGAUGAGGGUCAACGGGGCUUUCCAUUGUGUAGGAUCAGAAAAAGUAGGGAGGGAAAAGAAAUCUGCUGCCAAAGCUGGAUCUUACAUGACAGAGAGGAGCGAGUCAGAGAGAGACGCAGAGUUUCACCAGAGACGGUGGCUGGAAACCCAAAGCUUGAAUUUCUACACACAAGAGGAAGACUGUGAUCAAAUGUGCUACUGAUGGCAAACACAACCUGUGAAGAGAAUAGGAAGAAGAGUAAAGAUGGACAUUGUUGUGAUCUAUGUCCUGCAGGGAUGUUCGUAGCAGAAGAUUGUAACGCCACAGAAAACACAAAGUGUAAAUCUUGUCCCGAAGGGUUUUUCACAGAGCACCCGAACUACCUGAAGAAAUGCAUUGGCUGCAGUUCCUGCGUUGAAAAUAGUCAAAUAAAGACCAACUGCACAGAUAAGAAGAACACUGUUUGUGAGUGUGAGCCAGGUUUCUUCUCCACCCGUGAAAACUUUGAUCACUGCAAGACCUGGACUAAGUGCCCUGUGGGUGAAGGAGUCAAAAAUAAACCUACUUCUACAAAUGACACGUUCUGCGCUCCGUGUGAGGAAGGAACCUACAGCAACGUCACAGAUUUCUCCUCACCUUGUCAACCGCAUUUCAGCUGUGAGGCCUACGGACUGCAAGUGAAAACUCCAGGAACCAAAACAACGAAUGCCAUCUGUCAAGAAUGUAAAUCUCAGUGUUGCUGGAUCCUGCCGGCAUUCCUGUGGGCCGGACUUGUUCUGACUAUUUUGGGCGUGGCGGCGUUCAUCUUCUGGAGAGCAAAGCGCAGAUCCUACAGACCAGUCAAACACAGUGUUCCUGUUACCAUGGUGACGGUUGUUGCCGAACCGGUUCUCGCUCCACCAGAGCUGCUGUCUCACUGCCAAGAGAGCUGCACAGACUGCAAACCAUCCCCGUUUAACUCAGAUGAUGGUUCGAUCAUUCGCAGCAUAUCGGACAGCCUGGACAUCAGCACUCCCAUGACUCCGCUGAAGCCGUCCGUCUCUUUCAUUGAACCCGAACAAACCGGCAGCUCAAUAUACCCCAUCAGCAGCGCCUUCUGCAGGUCGUACUCGGAGCCCCAGGAGGACGAGUGGUGUGGGACAUAAAAAAAAUUUAAAUAAAAUACAAGAGUGGGACACUGACGGAGCCACUGCUGGCUCAGUGAUAUAUUUCAAGAACUGUUUGUAAACCUUGAGAAGAUUUUGCUCUCAGUAAAGUUUAGUAUGGCUGGUAGUUUGCUGCCACCUGCAGGACUUUGGUGGGAACUUCAGUUUGUGCAAAGGAAAAUUCUCCCAAGUGAAAACAGCAGAUUCUGCUUCGCAAGAGGGAUUAAAUAACAGGAAAAAAUCUGAUAAUUACAGUAAAAAAAAAAAACACUGUCUGGAAUAGACUAUCUAGAUCUUUGCCAUGGACUUUAUUGUUUUUCAAACAUUCAUCUCCAUACAAUCCCAAACAGACUGAACUGUAAUUACAUAUCAGCACUUGAUGAAAUGAGAAACAGAGGUGUGAACAUGCAUGAGGCACUAAAUGAUGUUUGUUUUACUUCUCAUAUGAUUUGUUACUGUAAUAAUAUGAUUUUGUUCAAAAGUCAGCCAAGACCCAAAGAGGCUGUGAAACAGCGAAAAAGGGAUUAAUCACAACUAAAUAUUAUGAUUAAUAGUGAGCAGUACAGAGGCUGCAUCUUGUAUGUUAAAUCUGAUGCAUUUUUUUACAGGAAUAAAUGAGAUUAAUCUUUGUUACAAAACUGCAGGAAGUAAAUUUUUCAAAUGAAUGAAAACAUCUUCCUAUUUCUGAUUAUGAAUUCUGGUGAAAACUUGGACUCAUUGACAGAUUAACAUUUUCUUCAUAUUUUCAGACAUUCUAGCCAGAUGGUUCUGUUAAACAGUUAGAAGCAGCCAAUAUCUUAUCUCUGACAAAUAUAUUUAAUGGCUUUUCAUUUCAUACAAACCCAGAUUUUGUUGGUCCUUGAAGAUGUAGCUAAUGGCUCGUCUAAGAAAGGAAGAAGUGAACUUCAAUCACCUUAAAACAAAUCCUACUUUGAAAACUUUACAGUGAACUUUACGGCUUGUGGGUCACACAUUAAGAUGUGUCACCUUUUAUUUUGAUAUUUUUGAUUUUGUAAACGUAAUGGCCGCCGUGUUUAGUGUGAAAAUAAUAAAAAUCUCAGACUGUGCUAAAAAGAAGACAGACCAGUACAUAACGAAGCAACUUUAACAAGAUAUUGACCUAAAUUAUUUUUAAAUACAAAUUAAAGAGGUUUGUUCAGAUUAUGGAAAUCAUGUUGUGAGCAAAAACAACUUCAAUUUAAAUAAUUGAAUUAAAAAUGUAGUAAAACACAAGACCUUUAUCAUUUUUAGAUCAAAUUUAUUUGCUCAGAAACAAUCUUUGCUUUUGAAGAUAAUAAACUGUAUGUAGUAAAUUACAAAAUAUAGACUUGCAAAAACUGUGUGAAGGCAAUAGUUUGGCCCCACUCACAGUCUCUUAUAGGAACAACUUGUUUCCUGCUUUUUAUUACUUGUAUGUUAGCAUUAAAGCAUAAAAACAGAUGCAAGCUGAAUUUCUGGAUUAAUAUUGAAUGAAGACGAGACUUAGCUGAGGCAGGUAACAUAUUAAAUCUUUCUAACAGAACCUUGCUUCUGAAACCUUAGACUGUUGCUUCAGCAAUUAGUCUAAUUAGCUACAAGAACAGUAAAUGAAUUUUAGCCUUUCAGGCCAUGUUUUAAAAAUAGGGAAAUGAGGAUGAACGUCUUCAUUUUACCAUUCGAUGUGUUGUCUUUGUACUGUUGCUCUGUUGAAGAGUUGAAAAAAGUAUUUAGCUUUUUUAUUUUCUUUUUUUACAACUCAAGCAGAGUAUGAUUUAUUUUUCUACGGACGUCUAGUUGAACUUGUGUUAUAUUUGUUAGAUCACUGACUUUAUUGUUCCUUGCAAUGUAGAUUUUACCAAUUUCAACCACAGAUUUUCAGUAUUUAUAUAACUCAUAAAAAGUGUACAGAUAUACUGUACAAGUACCAGACAUUAUUAAUUAUUAUUUUUAACAUAAUGUAGAUGCAGAAGCAAACCAUGACAAGUGUAAGAUUUGCUGUGCAAUACAAGAAAACAACUUGGGGAUGUUUACACAUUCUUUUUUUUUUCCGGCUCUUUACUCUCUAAAUACCAUCACACUGAACAUAUGUUCAACAGUGUUUAUACUGUCAUUAUGAUCUGGACCAGUUUUAUGAUUGUAAUAAAAGUGCUAUAGACAUGA